AAACCCGAACCUAGCACAAGCGUUAAACGUCAGAUGCUAGGAAAACAGUUAUAGCUAACUGACUGCAAAGUGUCACAUAGUUAACACUCUGUCAAACCUGUUUGAAUGUAGUUAAUGCUAGUUAAGAUAGUUCAUGUUAAUCAUUCAAAUUGUCUGUAGCCUGAGCAAACAUCAUUCAUUAGCAUGUUUACUGACGACGUCCUGGACUCAAUAAGUAUUCAGUCUCUGUGGAGGAAAUCUCAGCAGUCGGCCCAGGAGUCGAGAGGCUGUCAGACCAGAUUGGUGCACAGUGCUGAGGCAGAGGUCCAGACUGUGUCGGCUACCAUCAGCUGUACCCAGACAGAGCCACAGUACCAGGUGACACAACAGCUCUUCCAACAAAACCACGACGAGCCGGAGCCGCCCGGCCUGAAGGACUUCCUGCAGCGGGUUGAGGACACAGUCAUCAGAGAGUUGGUCAGAAAUGCCAGGAGUCAUGCCUUCGAUGGCUUCCAGGUGAACUGGGAAGAUCACAGUCAGCUGGUUUCAUGCCUCCAUUGCUUUCAACAUCCCAGCGCUCAAGAGAGAGGUCUUCAUGUAACCAGUGUGUCCUGGAGUUGUACAGGUUCAGUUAUUGCCUGUGCCUACGGUCGGAUUGACGAUGGAGACUGGAGCACGGAGAGGUCGUGUGUUUGUACGUGGAACCUGGACCGUCGAGGCCUGAACCCCAAACAAGCUGAUCUGGUCAUAGAUGUUCCCACUGCAGUGACCGCUCUGUGCUGCCACCCCAGCGAGCCUGCCCUCAUCGCAGGGGGUCUGUACAGCGGCGAGGUGGUGAUCUGGGACACCAGUCGGACUCGGGACCCUGUGUUGGUUCAAACUGGGAUGUCAGUAGACAGCCACAGAGAGCCUGUUUAUGAGGUUGCCUGGGUGCCCCUGCAGAAGAAAGGGGAGUUUGGGGUGCUGAGUGCCAGUUCAGGAGGAAGGGUGCUGCUGUGGACGGUGGACUCGGACCAGGGCGGGUUUGUUCUGAACGCUGCCUACGCCUUAGUCCGACAGCAGGUUCCCCACAGCAGCAGCAGCAGCUUCAAGGCCCGAGGCAGCAGCGCUGUGGGUGUCACUUCCCUGGCUCUGUCUCCCUGGGACUCUGACACCUUCUUGGUGGGCUCUGAGGGCGGCCUGCUGCUCAGAUGCUCCUUCUCCUCCCAGACGGCAGCUACAGUGACCUCUGAAGGCCAGAGUGUGGCACUCAGAGCCCCGGCGGUCUUCUCGUUCAGGCCUCGAAGCGGCCCUGUCCACUCCAUACACUGCUCCCCUUUCCACAGGAACCUCUUUGUGAGUGCAGGGACUGAUGGUCUGGCCCACCUCCACUCUCUGCUGCAGGCCAACCCGCUGCUCUCUCUCAGAGUGUCAGACUCCUACGUGUUUCAGGUGCAAUGGUCUCCAACCAGACCGCUGGUUUUUGCUGCAGCCACCGGACAAGGUGAGGUGCAGAUCUUCGACCUGGGCCGCAGGUCCCUGAGGCCAGCAGCCACCAUCGAGCAGGGAGGUGUGGGCCAAGCUGCAACUUGUUUGGCCUUCAACUGUCAGAACCCUCACCUCUUGGCAGUGGGGAAAACAGAUGGGACAGUGGGCGUUUGGCAGCUGAGCGCCAAUAUUACUGAGCAGAUCCCCAGAGAGAGCGACCAGCUGGAGCAGAUAGCCAAUCAGGUGGCAGAAUGAGAAAAAACAGUUGAAGACUGCGGCAUGGGACUGAUUUGUGAACUGUGUUUUGUAAAAAAAAACCCCAAACAAUUAAAUUGUGGAAGUGAAAUAAAAACAACCGAAUAGAGGUUUCCAGUUCUAA